AUGACGGCGCAAAUCCUGUCUAUGCAUGCUGCGCACGCGUCGGAUUUGGCAAAGAUUCAGACACACUUUGGAGACAAGAUGGACACUACUGUCGGUGGUCCGAGUGAGCCACCUACCCCCGCUUCGCCUGACAGAGGUCGGAGACGCGACCGAGAUGAGGGUAGCAACUCGGGAGAUGGUGACGGUGACGGUCAGGGUUCGUCGAGAAAGCGCAGGCGUAGUAGAAAGGGCCUGGACAAGAAGUUCGAAUGUCCGCAUGAGGGUUGUGGAAAGAGCUACUCGCGCGCAGAGCACCUAUAUCGACACCAGUUGAACCACAAUCCAAAGCAAAUCUACCACUGCGAUUUUCCUUCAUGCGGUCGGUCUUUCGUGAGACAGGAUUUAUGCGCUCGUCAUAAGGAACGACACACAGCCCGCGGGUCGCAACUGUUGCGCAAGGACACGUUCAAUAUGCACAACCUCAACCCUAUUGUGACGGCAGCUUUGGGGGGAAAGAAUGCACCACCAAAGCCGCUCGGCAUGAAGACGCAAGUCUCGCAUGGCAUGCAGUCGCCAGUGUCGGGCGCAUCCACAAACGGCCAGAGCAGCGCAAUGUCGCCGCCAAACUUCCAGUCGCCCGCCUCGACUGCCACACUCAGCCGGCAGGACUCAUUGCAAAGAACGGGCAGCGAAGACAGAUACCGCAGCGGUUCUGAUGCCAAGCCUUAUGACAUGCAGUCUCAGAGCAUGGGCAGCUUUGCACCCCCACCCCGUCCCGCCGCUUUGGGCAACUACAGUGGAGGUCGCACACCUCUCCACAACUCCCCGCAUGUGGGUAAUGGCAACUUCACACGACCCGAACUACGCACCCAAACAUCAGGCCUCAGCUCAUAUGGCUCGAGCUCACCUUUCAACUCGGCCGUCACACCGUCGCAGUCGCAGUAUACUCCCUCGUCGUCGACUGCCUACCAAAACAGCGCAAAGUACCCCCAACCAGCCGGCACCCCUAUUUCUCGAGAAGCAGAAAACCAGUUCUAUAAUGGUACCUCCGGACAGACGCCCAUGAAUGGCGUCGAGUCGACUGGCCAGAUGGACGAUCGGAUGCAUGGUGUAUCUGACGCAAUCAUGGACCAAAACCCCGCCUACGCUAUCCCCAUGUUUGGCGGCGCUGGAUACAGUCGGUCGCCCUUUGCCAUGGCCGACGACUUUGCAGCUUGGCUGUUCAACGACAACCAGUUCAACCCAGGUGGUGCGUCGCCGAUGGACUACCCGGGCGGAGCCAACCCCGUAGCUGUUGCCGGCUACCUCAACAACCCCGCACCACCCUCUCAUCCCAUGGCCGUCCACAGCAUCCUGGACACCACACUCCCAGAAACUGCUCUAUCAGAAGACAAGCGGAGGGAUCUGCUCGAUUUGAUCCACCUCCGCUUCAACGAAACUGAUCAUGCGCCAGUCAAAAAGCAAAAAGAAGACAUCAUGGAGGGAGACAGGGACGACAGCCACCACGUACUGAGUCUACACAUGAUGCAGACAUAUAUCAGUUCGUACUGGGUCCACUUCCACCCGCAACUACCCAUCCUUCACAAGCCCACCUUCAAUGCAAGCACUUGUCCCGACCUCCUGUUGCUCGCUAUUAUGUGCCUUGGCGCGUCUUGUCUGGAGAAGAACUAUGGCCAAGAGACUACAGAAGCUUGCGCUUCGUUGUCCAAUUUUUUAGCCUGGCAUUUGCGCUGGGAGCUCUUCAUGGAUGCCGACUUCCGCCCUCCCGCUAAACUGUGGAUCUUCCAGGGUUUGCUUCUUCUAGAGAUAUUCGAAAAGAUGUAUUCCACACGCCCAUUGCAUGAGAGAGCGCACAUUCACCAUGCCACGACGCUGACACUGAUGAGGCGAGGAAGUUCUUUAAUUGGAAGAUCAGCGUUGGACUCGCCUCCAAGCGUCAAAGACUCAAAGGGCAAUGGGCGCGGUGGAACGAACACACCGGAUGAAUGGUGGAACCAUUGGAUCACAAAUGAAGCCACUAGGAGGGCGGCAUUUGCAGCCUUUGUUCUGGACAGCAUUCACGCUACCAUGUUCGGCCACAGUGCCGUCAUGGUUGCUCACGAGAUGCGCCUUCCAUUGCCGUGUGAUGAAGCUCUGUGGUCUGCAACAAGCAGCUCCGAAGUGGGUCGGGUUGAGCAAACACUGACUUCAAAUGGCAUUAAACCAAUGUCUUUCCUCGAUGGUCUUAAGAAGACGUUGAAUGGACAGAGUGUCCGCACUAAUUCGUUUGGGCGUACAAUUCUCAUGGCAGGUUUGCUCAGCGUAUCGUGGCACAUGAAUCAGCGGGAUUUGCAAGUCAGCUCACUCGGUGUCACACCCGCUCUGGGGGGGCGCGACAAGUGGCGGGGAUCCCUGACGCGGGCAUUCGACUUUUGGAAGCAAGACUUUGACAGCUCGCUAAAUCGACCGGAUGAUCGUUCCUCCUCACAUACGUACGGCUACUCUCACGGUGUCGACGAAGACAAUGUCUUUGAAGCACGGACCGUUCUGCACCACCUGGCGCACAUGGCCAUGCACGUUGAUAUCGUGGAUUGCCAGAUAUUUGCUGGCGCUCCCAGGUUGCUCGGAAGAUCGAUUACACCACAGGAUUACAACGGCGCGCAAAAGCGGAUGAAGGACGGAUGGGCCCCCUCUGCCCGAGCCCGCGACGCCACCUUUUACGCCCUACGCUUCCUCUCUAACGUGUUAGUCGCCGGUGACCACAGCCUAAACCCCAACUCCUCUUCUGCCAGCGGCUUAACAUACUCCGCACGAAACGACUACCUCCUCAACCGACCCUGGGUUCUAUACUUUGCCACGCUAAUCGUCUGGUCCUACGGCUUCGCCCUCGACGGCCCCGUCAAAGAACCCUACCAACUCCCCACCUACGACGACAAGGUCAGAGACAUGGUUCUCUACCUCAAUCGCGUCGGAGGUGUCCAAUCACCCGACGACCUGACUAAAGUCACAAACCGAAAUGCUUGCCUCGGUUUGCUGAUCAUCAUGAGAGAUAUGUUUAAGAAGACGAGGUGGGAGUUGUUGCAUGAAGCUAGCAACCUUCUCACUAAAUGCAUUGAGAUGCUUAUUCCGAAUGCGGGUGCGGCUGGGUAUUAA